AUGUCAUUAGAUUAAGCAGUAUUAAGAAAAGAAAAGGUUAUUAUACUCUCUGAAUUUAGAAAAUAAAGCGAUACUUUAAUUAAACUAAAGAAAGAAAAAAAAUGUCCAGGAUAUGAAGAUAUAUCAGAUGUAGAUUUAACAGCAGAAAGUAGUUAAAUAUAUUCAUUAAGAAGGCGUUUACAUCAUAUAAAUUAACCAUAUUAUUUUAAAGCGGAUGAUUAAGAAAUAAGAUGUACCUAUGAUCACAUAUUUUAACAUCCAAGAGAAAAGUGGCUUGUUUAUGCUAAAUUUAGAAGAUAUGUUGUUGGAAGAGCUAACAGCUUAUAUUUACCUUUUUACAUAUAACAUACGUUUUAAAAUAAUGACCUAAAUAGAGGUAAUGAUAUGUAAUUAAAGAUGCAAGGCAUUUGGGUUCAUUGUUAUAAUGAUAUAUACCCUCAUAAGAUUAUAAUUGAUCCUGAAAAUAUAUCUAAGAUAAGACCUUUAAGAAUUGGAGAUAUUCAAUAAUUACUUCCAGAUGGUAUUGAGCUUGAUAAAAGUAAAUAUUUAUCUAUUCAUUAAAGGGUAGUUGUAAUGAGUGGAGACGUAGAAUAAAGAAGAGAAAUGAAUAUGCAAAGUUUUAUGGCAUAAGACGAAACGUAAGAAGAAACUUAAGAAUUUGUUGACGAUUAAAAUGUUAAGCUUACAUCAGACACACCAAAAGUUAAAAAAGAAAGAAAAACCGUUAAAGUUAAAUCUCUUAAAAAAUAAGUAGAAGCUAUAUCAGCAUAAGUAAAAGAAAAAUUACAAACAGACUUUGGCGCUAUAAAAGAUGAAAAGAAAAAAUGA